AUGUUCAGGAAGAUUCACUCAAUAUUCCACCCCAACUGCCGCAGGAGGAGUCUGUCUGAUGGCAUCCCUACUUGUGAUGGCUCUGCAGUCCGGUUGAUCCGUAGCACUUCAAUGUAUGUACUUGGAGGUGAGAAGCAUAAAUUCAGUGAACCCAUGAAAAAAAGCAAAAGUACCACCAGCCUAGAUUCAGUUGCUUGCCUCCAGCUGAAGGAAGAAGAAAGGGCAUAUAUGUACUCAAAGACUCAAGACUGUUUGCAGUACUUACAAGAUCUCUUAGCCUUGAGGAAAAAAUACCUUGAGAACAUCAAAGAUUUGAAGUCCAUUGACAGAGUGCCUGAAAUGUCCCCUGUUUCUACAAAAUCUUCCAAGACAAGAAAAAAGCCACCAGCUCCACCUCCUCCCAUACAAUCUUCCAAGAUCUCAACAGAGAGAAAAGUCUCACAGCUCAAUUCAGAUGUAAUUGAGGCAAUAGCUUAUUUUGACUCAAUUAUUGCAGAGUUGGAUGCAGAAAGAUGUCGGAAAAUUGUUGUAAGGGAUCAUCUACCACACGCAGACGUUGAUUUUGAUGUUGUAAGGAGCUCAAGAGAACACAACUUGCAUUCCAACUGGAUUCUUCGUGCCCCUCAGAGACAUUCCCAAGAUGCUGUCCAAGGAGGAAAGACAACAAGCCAAUCAGAAAGAAGCAGCCACGGAAGAACAAUCUGCUCCAGAAAGAAAUUAGAAAGAUAUCCAAUAUAUCUACCUAAAGCUGUGGAGGGAGCAUUCAAUACUUUGAAAUUCAAACCCAAAAUGUGCCCAAAAGAACAGCUCUGA